UCUAAGGCUGUAGGUUUCUGGUUACUCCUGCUCUUACUUGGGUUUGCAGCUCGGCUGUGCCAUUGUAAAAUAUGCUAUCUGGUCUACAUUUAGUCUUAGAAAAUCUGCUAUGAGCCUUUGGAACUAAAGAUUCCCUCUUUGGGAAGGUAGGAGGGAAUCUAUGUUAGUUCGUCACUUUCACCAGUACAGGAUGGACUUUGGAUUUUGUUGUUGAUUAUUAAAUAUAAGCAAACCGAUUACAUCUGGCUGAAUAAGAAAGUAUUGUGUGGGCUUAACGAAAUGCGCAUUUGAGUUAUUGCAGGGAUGUUACUUAUUAAUAAAUUCUAUGUGAUUCCAGUAAAGUAUCAAGCGCGUUAUUAUUAAAAAAACAGUGACAGUCGAAUUAGCUUGCCUCUCGGUGUUCAUGGGGAUUUAGCCUUGUUUUUGUCCUUGAAAAAAACAAUAUAUAUCAUUCUUUCACUUCUUUACGACUUACAACAUUAUUUUAAACUGCUAAAAGUAAAUACUUUUUUCAUACUGGUUCUAUUUCAGUGAGGCGCCUGCGCGAGGCGUGUGAGUCACGCGAAAGCCGCCUCACCAUAAAACACAUCCUUCCACCUUUCGAAGAAACAGUAAACAGUUUUUAGUGAUAGGCACAUAUGAAUUGUUUUUAUACUUCAACACAAUCUAUUAAACAAGCCAGUGAAUAGAAACCACUAUUUUCUGCAGUUAUAUUUCUGCUAUUUGGCUUCUCGUUGUAUAAGAAGUAAUAUUGGGGACUUUGGGGAUUAUUUUGUCUUUGCUGUGGCGGACGAAGAUUUAUGAGGGAGGGGUGGCGAUGUGGUCAAGAUGGCGGCGCCCUGUGGAGUAGAGCUACUGUAAUAGUGGUGCCUGGCCCAGGGACUGGGACUCGCCCCAGUGGGACCGGAAGCUGCAGGACUGGAGCCUCCCCCCACCCCACAAUACACUUGACCACAGUUGCUCUUGCGUCUACUCCACCCCUCCCGCCCCCCCUUUUCGGGAGCCAUGUCCCGGGAGCAGUUCAACAUCGGGGAUGUCCUCCCUCUUCUGGAAUCCUCUGACUUGCAUGAACUUGAUGAGAUCAAGAGUUUAAUUAACGAGCACCUCAGCACAGAUCGUGGCUCUGUGCUCCUCAACAGCCUGGUCGAUUACUACCUAGAAACGGGCUCCUCUCAGACCCAGCACAUCCUGUCCUCUGUGAGGGAACCACACGACAAGCAUCUUCUGGAAAAGAUAAACGAAUGCAUGAACAAGCAGGCAUGCCGCCUUCACGCGCUCACCCUGCUGGGGCACAUCAUCCGCAAGCAGCCCCCCUGGAUCCACAAGAUUGCGCGCUUCCCUCUUUUCUCCUUGCUACUGAAAUGCCUGAAGACCGAUUCCAAUAUCGUAGUGCUUAUAACCGGGGUCCUGGUGUUGAUCACCCUGCUGCCCAUAGUCCCGCAAGUCGGCAAACAGCACCUUUGCGAGUUCUUCGACAUCUUCGGCCGACUGGCAGCCUGGAGUCCGAAAAAUCAAGGUCACGUGACAGACGUUUAUCUGAUCCACCUGCAUGCGAGCGUCUACUCGCUUUUUCACCGGCUCUAUGGCAUGUACCCCUGCAACUUCGUCUCCUACCUGCGCUCUCACUACAGUAUGAAGGAGAACAUGGACACAUUCGAGGAGGUGGUCAAGCCCAUGCUGGAACACGUACGGAUACACCCGGAAUUAGUGACUGGAACCAAGGACCAUGAGCUCGACCCCACAAGGUGGAAGCGGUUUGAGGUCCAUGACAUCGUCAUCGAGUGUGCCAAGGUGUCCCUGGACCCUAAGGAGGCUUCUUGCGAGGAGGGCUACGUGAACAUUCCAGAACGCAGUCACCCUCCCUUGAAGCUUCGCUCCCUGGACUGCACCACCAGCCCCUACUCUGACCUCCACACCAGCUUCGGAAGCUCUUCCUCAACUUCUUUUUCUGCCCUACGCCAACCUGUUCCACUACCCCUGACCUUACCGUUCCAUCAGAGCCCCCAGAGCUCCCACCGGCAGAAUGGUGAUGUUGGCGCCUCCUCUGGGGGGAAGGACCUCAUCUGGAGCCCCUCCUCCGUUUGCGGCAUGACCACGCCGCCAUCAUCCCGCGGCAUUUCUCCCACGAACAUCAAUGACCUGUCCCAGAGUGCCUCCUACCUUCAGGGCCGUGUGCACGGCAUGCUGGGUGGCAAACGUACCCCUUGCUCCAGUACCCCGGGUACCUCCUCUUCAACGCCAACGCUCUCUGAUGAGUUUAUAAAUAUUUCUCUGGCUCCCAGUGUACCGGUGCCCCCGAACAAGGAUGGGCGAGCCAUGGAGCACCCCAGACCCACCCUGGUGAGACAAGAGCCUGUCAAAGAGAUGGAGAAAAGCAGGCCUGAGGUGGCACCCCCUAGAGAUGGCUCCACAGAGAGCAUGAAGACGAUGACCCUGCCAGAGCUGUCCAUGUUCAUCAAGAAGCAGGAGCUGGAGCUGCGAGAGCGCACAGAGAAGGAGCGAGAAGAGGACGCCAUCACGGAGGAACUGCAGAAGAUAACGGCAGAACAGUGCGAGCCACCCAUCCUCCGUGGCAUCGACUCCCCUUUCUACCGCACUACAGAAAUGCUGACUGGCAUCAGGGAGAAGCCGCAGGUUGCUGUGCUGCCCAGCCUCCCCGCUGAGCUCCGGCACGCAGCCUCCACCCCAGAUCGGCCCGAUGGGCUUCCGCAGCCCUGUGAGCGUCAUGUGCCUUGGUCCUUCACCCCCAUCGACCGCUCCCUUCCUGGCCAUGCCCCCCACAGCCCAUUGGUCCCUGAUGAGGAGGUAGUGGGCCUGACCAAGUGUGAGCUGUUGUCCCCCAGUCCAUGCCGGGGGGGUGCCGUCCCGGCCUACGAGAGCCUGUUUGACCUGGCUCUUCCCAGGGCCGCCCUUCUGUAUGUGGCCAAGAGAACAUUGGAGGCCCAGAGGGUAGCUGGUAGGGAGGUGGAGCCGGAGGAGAAAGAGGGGGAGGGUGCGGCGGCCACAUCGCCCCUCGAAGUCCUGGACCGGCUCAUCCAGCAGGGCAGUGACGCCCAUGACAAGGUGCUCAGGAGACUACCUUUGCCAAGCAAGUCAGCUGACUGGACGCACUUUGGAGGCUCCGCCCCCCUGGACGAGCUGCACACGCUGCGGAGUCAGCUGCUCCUGCUGCACAGCCAGCUGCUGUACGAGCGCUACAAGCGGGAGCAGCACGCCGUCCGCAACCGGCGCCUCCUGCGGCGGAUCAUCAAGGCCACGGCGCUGGAGGAGCAGAAUAUCGCGAUGAAGGACCAGCUGAAGCUGCAGGACGUGGAGAUCCAGUCGCUGCAGGCGAGCCUGCAGGUGGAGCAGCAGCGCUACCAGCAGCUGUGGGAGGACCGGGAGUCAGUGGUGACGCGGCUACACAGUCAGGUCCGGCAGCUGCAGCAGAGCCGCGACGAGCACUACGCCAGGCACCAGGAGCUACAGACCAAGCUGCAGGAGUGUCAGAGGAGGACAGGCGAGCUGGAGGCCGAGCUGCAGAGGGCCAAUAAUCGGGUGUGCAACACGGGGCACCAGCUGAGCCAGCUGUCCGUCAAGCUGACAAACAGCGAGGCCCUGCGGCGACAGAUGGGCUUCCUGAGUAAACAGCUGCUACUCUUGGGUGAAGUCAACAAGUUUUGUGUGGAGGAGUUGCAGCACUUGGGCCCUGACACAAGAAAGGAGGCAGAGAUGCUGCGUGCGUCGACAAGGAAGGAGAUCGAUAAGCUGCAGCAGAGCCUGCUGCAGCAGAGCCAACGGUUGGAGGCGGCGCAGCAGCGCAUUGGGGAGCUGGAGGUGCAGCUGACCAAGAAGGAGCACCUUGUCGUAGAGCAGAAGCUGUUCCUGGAGGAUGUCAAGAGCCAGGCCAAAGGGCAGCUGCAGGCCUCAGAAAAUAGGUACCAGGCCCAAAAGCAAGUCUCCCAGCUCCUACAGAUGGAGCUCCUCCAGCUCUACAGCCGACUGGAGAAGGAAAGCCCUUCUGCUGGCAGCCUACCAGCGGAGAGUGGUGCUGAGCCUCUGGAAGCCACAGAAUUCAGUGAUGGCAUCCCAGUACCAACUGGUCAAGUGAAGGCAGGCACAAGGGCUGGGACGUGUAGUCCCUUUGAGCCUCCAACAGACAAUGGUUGCACUUUAUCCCCUGGGAAGACUCAGCCCGGCAUGGCAGCGAGUCUCAAUGGCGUCCUGGAGCCGAGGGCUCAGGCCCCGGGGCCGUCCCCUUCCCACCUGGCGUUUCUCACGCCUCUCUCCGGAAACACCCAGCUGACCGUGGGCUCCUACCCCAGCGCCAAGAGCUUCCUGGGGAUGCGGGCCAGGGAGCUGUUCCGCAACAAGAGCGAGAGCCAGUGCGACGGGGACCUACCACCUCCAGCCUGCAUCCCGCAGGGUUCAAAGACUGAAAAGGGCGUGGAGCUCAUGGGGAACCCCACCCCUUGCCCUGUAGUGCUCUCUGCCCUUCAGGGUACAGUGGCCACACAGGUUCCCGCACAGGCUGCUCCCAUAAAGGGGACCCAAGCGGAUGGAGAACAGAAGGCCAACAUCCAGGAUGCACCCAGGCUCAGCGGGACCUGGCAGAGGCAGCAGCAGCUACGAAUCAUGGACUACAACGAAACACAUCACUAGCGUGGCUGGAGACACGAGAUGGGGGUGGUUAACUGAACUGUGCGUGAGUGAGUGAGUGAGUGAGUGAACGAGCGAGCGAGUGGGGGGGGGGGGGGGGGGGAUGAUAUGUAAGGAACUCCAGUACCUUUCCCAUUCCCGGGGUAGACAGCAAAAUAUUGGCUGAGUCUAGGCCCUGAGAAAGCAAAGAGGUUGAAAAAGCAAAAAAGCGGAUACAGACAAAGCUGUCCCCCUUCAAGUCCUACUUCUCCUGCUUGAGCAGUGAGCCCCGGUGCUACUUUAGAGCAGAGAAGCGAGCAUCGUUCCCCAGAAAGGGGUGUCUGAAGCGGGGUGCUUUACCAUUUAUCUCUCAUUAACAAUGGAUAGAUUAAGUAUUCCACAUUUUAUGAAAAGUUUGAACUAGGGCACACGAAACAGGACAAAAGCAGUGAAACCGAAAUUCAAAGUAAGAUUUUCUUUUUUUUUAUUCAAGACAACUGUUUGCAGCAAAAGUGGUCAAGAAAAUGAGAAAUAAAAAGCUGAUGUUGCUUCUGUUAGGACUAAGGAUCACACUUGUGGUUGCGUGAUUUGUGUCCAAGUUACGAUAAAUCAAAGCUCUGAACUCAGAGGUGCUCUUUUAUGAUAAGUAAACAAUUUAAAAACCUAUUUAUUUUUGCACUAUUGUCAUCUCGUUGCAACCUUUUUCCUGAUGCUUUAUGAUAGGGCUUUUCUGCAGGGAUUACAAGAACAAGCCACAAGUGCAAUGUCUUUCAUAAACACUUUGCAAGUAAAUGGUCUAAACAUUAGAGAGAGAACGUUUUAAGCAAUUAAUUCAAUGGAAGGUGGGCUGGGGGGUGGGGCUUUCUCUCUGAAUAUUAAGAACUAUCUUUAAUAUCAAAAUAAGAGCCCUUUUGAGUUAAGUCAGCUGGUCACGCUCCCAAAAGCUCGUGCCUCUUAUUUUGUCAUAUAUAUGAAGACCAGAUUGUCUUAUUGGUUUUUUUCUGUUGUUUUUUUUUCCCCUGAAUUUGACUUUGUAGGAGCUCUUAUAUUAAUGACGAGAGGCAUGCAAGUUGCAGAAAACCGGUUUCACAGACAUUUUUUAGUUACUGGUAAAGUAAAUGAAAUUAAGUCCCAUCUGGAAUUCCAGGCUAAUGAUUAGCAAUAUGUACCUAGUUUUCACCAGUAAGGUCAGAGUGCCAUUCUUUGAAUCUUAGAAACAGUCCAGAUUGCAUUGCUGGCAGAUUUAUCUGGGAAUGUCUAUAGACAGUCAUUGCACUAAACUCUUGCAGUAUAUUUUUCUGUUGAUGAACCAGUUUACCAGAUCAUUUAUAAUGACUGAUAGAUAUUGUGAGCCCCACAUGUUGAAACAAUCGGGCUUAUUAUUGUGUGUCAGACUGCUCCAGCUGCCUGCUUUUCCACCACAUUCCCCAUUCCUCUCCAGGUCCAUAUACAUGUGUGUGGAACUAUGAGGAAUCUUUUGGAAUCUUUGUCCCUCCCCCCAAAACAAAUAAUAGACUGUUGUCUCACAACAUGUCAGUGUGGAGUAAGGACCCAAAAUUCAGGAGAACGUUUCUUUCUUUGGAUAGCAUUUGUUUUUUGUUCUUAUUGAAAACUACAGGAUGUGUAAUUGGGGAGGUUUUAGCUGAAUGCCAUUCCGCUGGAAACCGGUGUUUCUACUUGAUUCUGAGGCACCACCACUGUUAUCCUGACUGAUGAUAAUUCUCAUUCAGUAUUUCAAGGAUGUUUUUCUUCAUUCUUUGGCCUAUCGUUUGUGUUUUUUUGUCCAUAAUGGCACAACUCAACUUCAAUAAUUCAAAACCCACCGCUUAAGAAAAUAUAUGUGAACCUUGUGAAGAAAGCAGCCCGUUACACCUUACAUGCCUGAAUCUUGAACUGCCAUGUAUUAAAUAUCCAGUCAUCUUCUGACUUUAGCCCAAAAUGAAGCGUCACUCUCCGCUUAUCUUGGAGGUGAGUAUGAUGCCAAAAUGUAUUAAUACUGACAAAAAUCUAUGCCCUCUUCAACCGAAUCUGUAGUGGUCAUCGACAGAGUAUUUUUUUUUCUUCAACGAAAUGUAAUGUUAAAAGGUAUUUGUGUUUAAAAUGACAGUAUUCCAUAAUUGCUAGGUUCAGAAUUCAGAUUUUCUUUCUUAAUCCUGUUGUCCACUGAAAGUUUGCUGUUACUCUGUCUGCUUUGCUACUAUAUGCAUGUACAACAAUCCACUUUAAAUGCCAAUACAACUAUGACAAACCAAGGGGACUGUGGUUUGGUACAAUCUGUCAGAAACUGAAUUGGGGUUGAAAUGGAAAUUCCAUUGGAAGAGAUACUUCUGAAAAUUCUCAAAAGCAGUUGCUUGUGUUUAACUGUGAACAAUUAAAAAUAAUUUUAAAAUAG